GGAAAUAAAAGCCUAUACAAGUUCUAACGGACUUUCUCUGUGUUCUCACCUUUUCUCUUAUUUUAUAUCUAUUCUCUCUUCAUCUCACAACAGCGUGAACUAGAACUACAUUCAUUAACAGAGGAUGUAGAAAUAGACAACUAUAUUGAGAUACCUUUUUCAGAAGACUCUAAACCAGAUAAUGAUCAAGUCUCAAUUCAACGAAAUGUAAAAGAAUACGUUGAAUGGCUCAAGAAUAUAUAUGAUGAAAUAGAUGAGUUUGAACUCAAGCAUCCUGAUUGACAUAACCCGGGUUCACAUCAAGUACCCAUGAUCAAUCAACCAUUGUUUGAUUAUGAACCUGUUGUGGUGGUUCAUGUUGCGCCUUCUAUCUUUCCAGUAUACAUGACAACUGUCAGAAUCUAUCAAUACGAAUCCUUAAUGCUUCUGAAGCAAAGCGUGAAUAUGGCACUUUGCUUGGUUAUGCUCAUUAUGUGGCUAAUAUUUGCAGAUAAAAUAAGGAAGAUAGUUAUAAGAAUCCCAAGCCUCAAUUGAAUUAUGAAUUGAAAUACGAUACAAAGAGUCUUAUGGUUUAAGUGAUCUAUCGAUUGACACCUAUUUGAAGUUUGCAGACGCUCUUAAUAAACAAGUUCUAGAAAGCAAAAAACUUUGGAAAAC